AUGAGCUCAAAAAAAUUAUUGUAUUAAGAAAUAGAUGUAACAUAUUAACUAAUGACAUAGUAUACAAAGCAAUAAUUGAGUCUUCAGAUGUCCCACUAAAAGACCACCUUAAAAGAAUUCAGUUCAUAUUUAAAAGAUUACUAAGGCAUUCUGAAAUCCAUCUCAGAAUAAUUAAUAAAAUUGACAAGAAAAGAAUUUACUUGCAGAGAAUUUGAAAAUAAAACUAUCAAAGAGUUCAUCGAUAAAAAUAUUAUCUCCACAUCCAAAAUUAGUGACAUUCUAGGACUAUUAUCAGAAAAUGUUAAUCAACUAGAAUAAGAUAUUGUUUAAACCUACCUAGAAAUCAAGCAAAACAAAGAAAAUUGUGAUCAAUAAAAAAAAGAAAGAGAUUAAUUAGUGAGUGCAAAAAAUGUUGAAAAAUAGUAGAUAGAUCAAUUCUCUUAAUCUGCAAUCAUAGCCAUGUAGAAUAAUAUUGAAGCUGCCAUCAUCUCAGAAAAGAAAAAAAAUGCCAAAAUCAUUGAUUCCUUUAAAAAAUUUUACAUCCAACAAAAAGAGCAUGCGGAGAUUAUUAGCAAAUAAUUAAUGCUAUAAAUACAAUUUUUUGAUACAGUCCAACCAGAAUAACAAGCCUUGGAAAGAAUAAAAAAUUAAUUAUAAGCCUAAUCUGUAAACCAAAGUGGUAAAGCACUCAAUACCUCAGGAGCAGGAUAAUCGAAAUAAACUGAAAAGCCCUCCAUUAAUGAAACUGAUCUCUUAUAGUCUCACAAAGACAAACUACUUGAAAUCAGAAAAAACUAUGCUAAUUGUUGCAAUACUAAAUAAUUGCCCAUUAUAAUUAAAGAUUAAGUUGGUAUAUUUAACAAUGAAAUCCCAAAUAAUAUGGAUCUCGCAAAGGAAUUCUAGCAGCAAGAAUUUUAUUAAUUCGCCUUAUUAAUGAUGCUCAGAUAUAAGUGUUAAAAUUAAGAUUGGCCACUUCUUGUAACUCACACAAAAAAUAAAUUCAAAAUUAAUUUAGCUUCUAUGAAACUAUUGGAAUAGUUUUCAACUACCAUUACUUCAAACAUGGAAUCAUCUGUUACUAAUUCCAUAUUUAUUUCUUUAAUCAAAGAUGCUUUGACCGUAAUCAAAACACCCUAACUAUACAAUGAAAUAAAAAAUAAUGAAAAGCAUUAUGUGAUUCUAAAAAAGCUUUUAUUGUUUUCCACUUUAAAUUAGUAUUGGGUCUAGUGUUUAUUAUUAUAGGCAUUUCACAUCCAAAAUUCCUAAUUAGAGCAAUAGAAAAAAUAUUUUACUAAUCUGCUUAAAUAGAUAAUAAUAGACGAAAAAGAUAUGGCUCAAGUAAGUUUUGAUUCUCAAGUUGAAGAAAUCUCUUAUCCAUUAAAUCAAUGCUUAUUAGAGCUUAUUCUAUCUGCAAUCAUAUAAGCAACAACUAUAGAUAUGGAUUUUGUUCCUUUAAUAUACUAAUUCGCAUAUGAUGUACUAAAACUGUCACCGGCACAUGUCAGCAUUACUUUACUCUCUUUAGUUUAUCAAAAAAUCUUAUAACCUGCCUUAAGAAUAAAAAACUUAGACAUCAAAGACGCUGUUGUUAUUACAUAAUAGUUAACCCAGUAAUUGUGGGAUAUUAUAAAUAAAGAAAAGGUAAUUAAUUAAUCCUAGUUGCAAUUUGUUUUGAAAUAGAAAAAUUCUGAUAGAUUAUAUAAAGAUUUAUUAGGACUUACAACUAGUUUUUGGUCCUAAUUACCAAGCGAUUAAUCGUUCCUAAUUGCAUUCAUGAAUUUAUUUUAUAUAGUUGCAAGCAUUUCGCUUGAGUUCACUGAAUGCCAAAAUACAAACGAUUUAAUGCUAAAAAUCAUGGAGUAAACAGGUCAUCAUUAUUACAGUAUGAUCAUUAAAAGGGAACAGUUUUAGUAAAAUCAAUUAACUGAAAAAACUUUUAAUUAAGUUUCCAUUCUGUUAUCUUUAAUGUGUAAGGAAUGCCUUGAAUUAAAAGAACAGUAUAUUGAUUAUUUUUAGAAGGGCAUAUAGCAUUUAUUACCUGAUAAUAAAAACAAUUAGAAUUUGUUUUUCCUUCAUUUUAUGACUGGAGCGUUGUCAGAAAUAUUCUUAAUCCUUCAAUAAGUUGAGCUCUGCAUCUAAAAAGGGUUAAUUCCUGAAGAUAAAAAUGGAAAUGCUUUUUCCAUAUGUUUCGCUUUAGCCUUAGUGGAUGAUCAAAUCUAACCUAAUAAUCUAAACUCCAAAGCAAUCCAAAUUAUUGGUCGAUCAAUAGAAAUGUGGUUUCAAUAAUCUCAAGAAAAUACAUUAAAAAUUUUAUAAUCAUUGCUUUCUAAGGAAAAAUAUCUUGAUGAAAGUUUGUCUUUCAAAGAACUUAUGCAACAAACAUAAACUAAAAGUAUCGAAGACUUUUGUUCGAUUUUAUUUAAAUCCUUAGAAGCUUUGCAAUAAGUGGUUAAAUUUAAGAAUGAUAAUCUUUUCAAAAAAACAAUUAAUAGCAAAAUGGAACAUAUACUCUACACUGCUAUAUUAAUGUAUUUGGAAUAGAUGGAAUAAAAUCUUCAACAAAGAGCAAAUUUAGUAACGCCCUGGUUUCCUGCAGUAGUAAAAAGUAAAUAAAGCAUUCCUCUUGAUUAAAAACAAUUAGCAUAACAAUAAAUACACCUUGUUAUUGAAAUGAUGAUGAGAAUUUGUAAUCUUAAUUUCUUGUAAUAAUAAUUCUAGCAUCUAAAAGAAUAAUUAAAACUUGAAGCUCUAGAUCAUCUCACCAGUGAUUUCAAUACUAAGGGUAAAGCAAUUUGCAAAAGUAUUUCAAAAAUUCUUAUUAACGAAAUUGUCUCUCCUAAUUUAUUUAGUCCUCUCCAUUAAGAUUUAAAAUCAAUGACUGAUGCAAAGAGUUACUAGUAAAAAUCAGAAUGGUCUAUGCUUCAAUAAAUAGAUGAAAUUAAGGAUUUUUUUGUAAUAUUCAAUUAGAAGCUACCAGUUAACUACUUCCCUGUAUUUUAUGAUUUUUUUAUUGGCUCAUUUUUUGAUGUGUUAUUCUACAGCAUUUUCGAUCUUAACAAAUUAUAAAAUAUAAGCUAGGAUGUAUAUUUUGAAUUGCUUAGCUUAGAAUUUCAGACUUUACAAAACUUUUUAGAAAAAUAAAUUUCCAGCAAUGUCUUACAAAUGAGAAUUAAACAAUAGUUGGCUGAAAUUAAAGACAUUUCUAUAUGGUUUAGUCUGUAAAAUAAGGAUUUAAUUUCAACAUUUGAAUAAUAUCAUUUGCGAUAAGACAAUAAAAGAAUUUGUUCUGCUCUAUAUCGAUUAAUAUUGCUUCGUAAGUAGGAUUCAAAAAUGAAGGAUUUAGCAAAAAAAUAUUAAAAAAUAUAUGAAUGA